AAUUAUUUGCUCGCUCUUGUAAUUUAGUGCGGCAUACAUCCGUCCGCUAGGUGGCGAAAUACCACUAGAUACUCGUUACGCAUGUCCAAACACAACGAAGAAGAAUGAAUGCGCGCUACAAAAUAGUCGAUAAACAAAUCGGUCCGACACAUUAUUUGAAGCCAUUUCGACUGGUUAAGAUAUGUGACCUUACAUGAACGUGAGCUGCUCGGAUGUCUAAAAGCGAAAUGUCGAAUUGUUUCACGUCUCAUUUCACAGCUUACGUUUUGAGCGACCAUGUUUAGCAGAGCUCGCUUAGCAAGCUAACAGGUUACCGAGGCAACGAGAGCCCUUCCAGACGCGACGUCUUGAAGGUUGUUUGUUUUGCUUCCACCUCUGCUGAAGGAAUUGCUCGUAGGCUUGGAAACCGUGGUCCCUCUGAGGCGCCAUAAUUCAUUCAACAAAACAGUAGGUACGUGAUGGAGCAGUACAGCAUUCUGGGUCGCAUCGGGGAAGGCGCUCAUGGCAUCGUGUUCAAGGCCAAACACGUGGAGACUGGAGAGACGGUGGCUUUGAAGAAGGUGGCUCUCAGGCGGCUGGAGGAUGCCAUUCCCAACCAGGCCCUGCGGGAGAUCAAGGCUCUGCAAGAGAUUGAGGAUAACCAGCAUGUGGUGAGGCUGAAGGAUGUCUUCCCGCAUGGCACCGGUUUUGUCCUAGUCUUUGACUUCAUGCUGUCCGACCUCUCUGAGGUCAUCCGCAACGCACGGCAACCUCUUACCCCGGCGCAGGUCAAAGGUUACAUGUUGAUGCUGUUGAAGGGUGUGGCCUUUCUGCAUAACAACAACAUCAUGCACCGGGAUCUGAAGCCUGCCAACCUCCUCAUCAGCUCGUCAGGACACCUGAAGAUCGCUGAUUUUGGUCUGGCCCGCCUCCUCAGUCAGCAAGAGGAUCGACUCUACAGCCACCAAGUAGCCACAAGGUGGUAUCGUGCUCCUGAGUUGCUGUAUGGGGCCAGAAAGUAUGAUGAGGGCGUCGACCUAUGGGCAGUGGGUUGUAUUUUUGGGGAGUUGCUGAACUCGUCUCCUCUGUUUCCGGGGGAGAAUGACAUCGAGCAGCUGUGUUGUGUCCUCAGGGUGCUCGGGACACCCACCCAAGAAACCUGGCCUGAGAUGGCAGAGUUGCCAGAUUACAAUAAAAUCACCUUCAAGGAGAAUCCCGCCGUCCCAUUGGAGGAGAUCGUCCCUGACUCCUCCCCCCAUGCAAUCAGUCUGCUUUACAACUUCCUGGUUUAUCCAUCCAAGCGACGAUGCCCCGCCCAGCAGGCACUCCUCCAUCCAUACUUCUUUUGCUCACCUCUUCCCGCCCACCACUCGGAGCUGCCCAUCCCUCAGAGGGGUGGCGGGAACCACCUCCACCCGCGAUUGCAGGCGGCACCUGCUGACUUCUCCGUGAACCUCCCCUUGAAAAAUAGCUUGGUCCAGCCCGCUCUGCUGCGAGGACACGCCACCUGCCUGUGAUCGGUCCAACAACUUGGAUGACAGAAUCUCAGGAUCUGGGCCAAGUCUCGGUGGUGCAGGGACGCUACCGCUCGUCCUUCCACGGCCUCCAGCUGGUCUCCAGGUUGGAUGAGGCCACUGCGGGCUGCUGGACUGCCGCGGCGCACCGUCACGAAGCGAUGGGACAUCAGCGAUUGGGACGGAGCUAGGCGGGUGAAGGAUGGGUGUCCACAAAUGGCGGGUGAGGGGGGAACAGAGAGGAUCUUAUUUGUCUCCUGUAUGUCAAGUUGUCUUUAAUUUGUCAAACUGUCCUCUUGGUUUGUCUAUGCCAUCAUUUUGUGUCCCGAAUACCACAUUUUGUAUCAUGUAAUUUUUGUAUAAAUAUCAUUAUUUUGUGUCAAAAUCUCACGGUGUCAAAAUAUCUUCAUUAUGUGUCUGAAUGUCCUCAUUUUUUUGUCUAAUUAUCCUCAAUUUGUGUCUAAAUGUCCUUAGCGCUUAGCAGCUGAAUGUAUAAUUAAAGAAGCGCCAAUUAGGAGCAUGAAUUAUUCACACAAGCCUCAAAUGUGUCACGAAGGCACAAGAAUAAUUUAGAACUUUUAGAAUUGACUCCUCUUGUCCUCGUCAUCACCCAACACACACUAAAGCAAAUUGAACAUUGCAAUCUGUUGCAUUUUUAAAAUGUUUUUAUGUUUCAAAUGAUCUUGUAAAGUGUUUGGGAACACAGAGAGAUGAAAAGCAAAGUGUUUGACGUCAUAGCAUUUUCCAGACAUGAAUGCUGGCAAGCGCAAAAAAAAAAAAAAAAAAAGGCGAGAGGAUCUGACACGAUCUGGACUGACAGCACCAUGCCACACAGAACAACUCACUAAAGCUAAAAAUAGAACAAAAACAUAACAUUCUGCACCAAUUGUCCAAAGCCAAGGCAGCAAAUGUCCUUGCGCUUAGUUAGACAGUUUCCAUUUGUUUCCAGUCCAGUGAUAACUAAGAUAAUUAAUUUCACUUCUGUGGUUGUAUAUGCUAGAAAUCUUAUUUCCCUUGCAGUUGUCAUGCUAAGCUAGGCUAGCAUUUUCCCUUUACAUUCAGUGGUUUAGCGCUUAUCAGCUAUCUUGAUGUUUGGUCCUGAUAAAAGAUGUAAAAAGUUGUUAAAAAUUAACUCUUCCUCG